CACGUAGAAAAAUAAAAAAAGAAGAAGACCUUUAGAGAAUUAAUUUGCGUGUAAUCUCAAUAAUGCAAGAAUUUUAUGAAUACAUAUAUAGUUCUUAUGUUACAAAUUACAAAUCUGCUCAGAUAGGUUAAUAUUCCAAAUAAUAAUGACAACAUGGACAGUGUCAAAGAUACAAAAUUCAAACGUGCAAUGAAAGAUGAAGAAGAAUCGUGCAAAGUAGAAUCGAAAUCUGACACCACACGACUCAGUCAUCAGGAAUUAGUGAAAUUAACCAAGACAACUAUAGACAGUCUUGUUGAGCAUGAACCAUUGCUCUCCGGAUUACCUUCGGAUGUCACGAUAGAAGAACUUAAAUCUCAGAUCGCAGUUGCGCAAGGACAAGCCAUAACUUUAUUCUUAAAUCGCGGAGAAUUGCCAAAGCUCGCAGUGGUGGUACCUCCACAUAACACAACAGUGUUUGAUUUGAAAAAGGCCAUUAAGAGACACACAAAUUUGUCCUUAAAGAGAGAGAACGUCCAGAAGAAGAUAAGUUGGAAGCACGUCUGGAAGAAAAAUCAUCUUUGCUUUGGAGACAUUAGACUUUCUAAUGAUAACGAAAAUAUUAAAGCUUAUGGUAUUACUAAUAAGGUGGAAUUACAUUUUACGAAGAGACGUAGGGAAAAGAAUAAAUUGAUGAAAAGUUAGCAGUAUUUCUGUACAAAUUAUUAUUUAUACUAUAAUAUUCUACUUAACAUUGCUAAUAGCGAAUC